CUCAAGUCGUCAAGCCUCUUGUGCUCCUCUUCGAAACAUGGCUCUUUUCGGUCUGCUCUACGUACAUUGUCCAAGUGCGGUACUUGGUGGUCUGUGAAGGACUGCUAUCCUUUCCCGUCGAACGCAAGGGUCAUGGUUCUUGGGUUUCUUCCAAAUCCGACAGCUACAGCAAGCCCCAAUGCCCCGAACAUCUCAUAAUGACCCCGCUGGGUCGGCUGCGGUGGCUUGCAUUGAGUGUCGGCGCUUGAAAAUGCGAUGUCUGGGCGCUGCCAAUCCCCCGUGUCGUCGGUGUGAAAAGGCAGGCAAAUCAUGUGUAGUCAGGGCUUCACGGAGAGGCGCUAGACCCCAAAGUAUCAGGACAUCGAAUGCCGAGGAGCCACGCGACAGUGUCUUCAACGCCGUUGAACCCAUGAUCAGGUCGCCGGCGUCACAGGUCCACGAUGAUGGGCCCCAGCCCGCGUCUCAUAAUGACAUGGUCACACCUGGAGGACUUGGCUCCAGUCCUUUCUUACCGUUGGCACAAUCACCCUUUGACGCUCUAGGCUCCGCCGUCGGUGAGACGUUUCCAGUGACUCAGCUCAGCUCAAGCAGCAACGUGGAUGCCUCUGUACAUCCCCACCACCAGCCGUUGCCGCGGUCCAACAUUACCGAGCAAACCUUGGUUGAGCUGCUUCACUUUUUUCGUGUGAACCUCAAGUACUGUGUUCCAGUCAUCGACGAUUCUGAUUUCGAUGAGCCCGUGGCAGUGGUGCGCAACAGACAGUGUCUGGCAUACUGCGCCAGUUACGUUGCCAGCCGAUUUGCCGUUGGAUGUGCAAGGUUGCGCGCGCCACUCCUUGCUCGCGUGACCGAAUUCAUCGUCCUUGCUAAGCGGCGGAUUCCGGCCGAUCAGGAUCAGCUGUGGACAGAGCUUCAGGCCUUUGCGAUCCUCUACGCCUAUCAACCCGCAACGGACAUUUUUUAUCUUCCAGAAUUACACAAAGAUGAGCUAAGCCAUUGGGAACUCAAGUCCUUUGUCGAGUCAUUCGCAUUCCGGGCCGGACUACAUCGAUCUAUCGAGCGUGUUCGCCCGCUCCUGCGAGAAAAUGCGACUAGCAGCAUGGCUGGUAGCAGCCCAUUCCAGCAUUACAUAUACUGGUUGUGGCUGUUCACCAUGUCUCACCACUUUUCUCUGAUGACGAGAACGCCUCCGUCGAUAAGAGCCGAUUUAACCAUAACCACAGCCACCGAACUGCUGAGCGAAAUUCCCAAGCCUUCUCGAGUGACCCGCAUUGUGGCAGAAAUUGAUCUUUAUAUGCUGUGGAGCCAUGCCGGUCGAUAUGUACCUGAGCUUGCCGAGUGGUGGUGCACACCUUCUUUCGCGACCGACAUCGUCAACAUCAGCGACAUCUAUGAAGAUAUCGCUGCUGCGCUCGAGUUGUGGUCUCAAAGGUGGGGGAUCCGUGGCGAGGCUUUUGCAACCGUUUCCGACCUCGAUGUCACCAGAAAUGCAACAGUCGAGUUCCAUUUGCGAGCCACACGCUUCACUAUUGGCAGUUUCAUUACCCGCUGGAACCUGCGCCGAAUCACGAAUGCACACAAGGCCAUGCAAUUUGAGUUGACCGACGUUGCUCUCAAGUCGUUGUUGUCGACAAUUCAGAAUGCCUGUGAUGUCUUCCAACCCUACUUAAACAUGUCUCCCUUGCGGCGCGAAAAACUUAGAUACAUGCCGGACUACGCAUUUGCUCUGAUAGCCUUUUGCUGUCUCUACAUUCUCAACGCUAUCGACCUUUUUGGAGCGUCCAUCGCCGAGCAUGCUGCUUACCUUGACAUUGUGCACGACACCGCAAUCUUCUUGCAAGAGAUGGGCAUUGCGAACAGUACCAACCCGCCCCGGUACGGUGCAAUACUUCUUGACAGUUUAAGGUCAAUGAGGACGUCGCCACGUCCGGGAUCUGAGCAGGUGACGGACAGCAUACAGACGUGGUUGCACGACGCCCUGUCCGAGCCCCAGCACGCCACAGAAGGCUCGCUACACAUGCGCCACAUGUUUUGUUGAACAGCGACAGCGACCACGACGAUGACAGGGAGUCUGUUGAUUUAGAUGAGCAGUACUCUAGGACUGUCAAUAUUUAGAAAGAAGCAGCAAAUCUCCGAGAAGUUCUUUUUGGAUCUGAAGUUGCUGUAUCUAUUGACCACUUGGUACUACGUGUACAACUUCCAGUCCCGUCAAGAUCGAAGCAGCAACAAGAUCACCCUUAUUUAAAAGGUUUUUCCAACGGGUUUUUCCAACGGGUUUUUCCAACGUUGGUGACUUCACCUUGCCACCGAUCAACUACGAGUUGCAUCGAAUCCUAUGCGAGUCUUCCUUUACCUGAUGCCCGUCCACAGCGAAGUGCCAUCCUCUACGGCGACAACUAUCCUUGUAAGCCAGUUAGGUGUCACAGAUAUUUACAACGAUGCUCUCAGAUCAGAAGACUGGUCCAAAUAACCGCCCAACCAUCUUGCUCGAAGUCUGUCCUCCUGGCCUGGUCUCAGACUUUGACCUAAAUACCUCAGCUCGGCCACCUGACCCGGCAUGAGAUCGAUGCCAUUAUCAUCCCAUUUGGCCGUUGAAUCGCCGUCCACCUCGAUCAAUAGACCUUUGAUCGGGACUGCAGCCUUGGCCUGCACCGAGAUUCCCAUGGCGGAUUGCGAUAUUCUCAGAUCUACCUUGGUCUUGUCACUUGGGAAAGGAACCUCACGAAGAGGCUCAUGGAAGUUGAUCGCUUGCACCGACUUUGGAGUAUCAUUACUGCUGUCUUGGAAGUCGAGUGAAAGCGCGAAUGCAAUGUCUCGAUGCUGCUGAGUUCUUGGUAAAUUCAUGUCAUCGAUGGCAAGAGAUCCAAGAUCGAUGCUUCGAUUCGGCGCAAGAGACAUUCUAUUGUGGAGCUUUCUUUCCAGAAUUCGCUCACCAGUCGUUACCAGCCACGCCCGGAUGGUGAUAUCGACCGUGACUCCGGUCUGAGUCAUAUUCGCCGCCCAAUACUCGAGGGUCCGUUCGGCGCCAUCCUUGACGAUUCUGCUCAGGCCGCCGGUAACGGCGGCGCAUUCACGUUUCAUGGCCCAGUAGGCCAUUUUCGGCCGUAGGUAGUAGUCUGCAAUUGCCCACGAAGUGACAGGCCAACAGUCGUUGAGUUGCCAGACCAGAGCUCCCCCACAGUACUCCUUCCUAGGCCCUUGCCACAGACGUCGCCAGGAUCGGUACGCCGUGGCCACGGUUUCGGCCUGGAUUAAUUGGGUGUUGUAAAUGACCUCGGCCAACGACGAGGCCCCAAAGGAGAUGUUCGCUCGUCCGUAAUGGCAUAUCCUGUCGUGACCGUCUGGCAUUUUGUUGUGCCAGUUCAGAAAAGUGUUCUCCAAGACAUUGUUCUCAAGGGUCGCAGAGGUGGCGUCGGCGGGGAAGAACUCCAUGGUGGUUUCCAGGCACGGGAGAGAUUGCAUGCCGAACUCGCUGACGAAACGCCCACUCAGCCGCGGAUAGUCUUGGUAAGGAAACAUGUCGAGAUGCCAGACGUGCCACUGGUGAAUGUCGCCUUCGAGUUGCGAGUUCACCAUGUCUCCUCCAAAAGGAGACCCCGGCCAGUAAGGCGUGUCCGGGGUCAGAUCUGCGCAGAUAUUGGGCAGGGCGUGCUCGUAGAAGUAGCGGGCAGGAAAUAUCGACUUUAAGAUCGCUUCGGGGCUCGUCUCAGUCGCGUCGUACUGGAUUCUACGAAGGGGAUAGAUGACGUAGUCUUCGUUGUUGCCACACCAGAGCACAAUCGAUGGGUGGUGUCUCAAGCGGCGGACGUUCUGCUCAGCCUCAACAGCAAUCUGCGCGCGGAAUUCGGGAUGGGCAGGAAAGUUGCCGCACGCAAACAUGAAGUCUUGCCAUACCAGCAUUCCCUGCUGGUCGCAUGCAUCGUAAAAGGCAGGACUUUCAUACACGCCGCCUCCCCAGACUCGAAUCAUGUUCUGGUUGCAGUCUCGCGCCAGCUGAAUCCACUCUUCAUAGCGACGUUGGCUGAUGCGGGAAACGAACGAGUCGGCCGGGAUCCAGCACGACCCAGCAGCAAAAACGGGAAUGUUGUUGACCUUGAAAAAGAAAGAGGUGCCAUCUUGAUCUUCCAGUUUACGCUGGACCAGCUCAAUCUUGCGAAUGCCGAAUGACUUUUCCAGUUGGUCGACGUGAAGCAAGUCGUUUGCUUGGGCGGUAGAUAAAAACACCCGAAUAGAGUACAUCGUUGCUGGUCCGAGAUUGUGAGGCCACCACAGCUCCGGCCCGGCAACUUUGAUCUGAACGAGUCCGACCUUCUCACGAACAGUGGUGACUUCAUGAUGAAUCACGUUGCCAUGCAAUAGCAGGUCGACCGCAACCUGCUCGGCGGGACCAUCAACCUCCACUGAUACAGUCACCACUGCGUCUUGAAGAUCAGUGCUCAGGGACGAACUUAUCGCCACAUCAGCGAUUCGGGACGUGAAGUAUUCCAGGUAGAUUGGCUUCCAAGGGCCACAGGUCAUGAGCUUUGGGCCCCAGUCCCAGCCAUAAUGAUAUUGCGGCUUUCUCGUGGCCAGACGCGUGGUGCCGCUACCAAACGUGAACCAAUCGUGCUCAGGAUGCUGUUCCUUGAUCUCAAGGCCACGUCGCUCAGCAUUGUCGAAGACGAUACGUAGGCUGCCUGUGACGACGGAGGCUGCAUCGUCGCUGUUGCUACUGCUCUGGAAGCCAUUGUCAUCGGCUGUGUCGAACAUUGCACGCGUGAGCUCAAGUCUAUGGGCGAUGAACGCAUUGGCGGAUUCCAAGAUGGUUUUCUCAUUCAACGUCACCGUGGCAAAUGUGUCGAGUCCUUCCAUCACCAGGACCGCGCGAGCGUCGGAUUGGAAUGCUUCGAUGGGGAUGCUGAGGGAGGUCUCGUAUUCCCACUUCAUCUCCCCCACCCAUUGUAAAGCUUCUUCAUUCUUUCCAACGAACGGGUCGGGGAUGAGUUUGUCGUUGAGAAGGUCCAGAUGGAUCUCGGUGGGAAGCGAGCGACACGCGCGCCAAAUACUCGUGGCGGUCGCUGGUGAUCCUGGUGAAUCAAGAGCAGACCGGUACCGCCAGUCGCUGCUGAGGUCUAUGACUUUGCGAAGCAUGGCGUAUGAUUGCAGCACUGUUGCGAGAGUGGCUACCUC